CAUCACACAGUGCAUCAGCCUCAUGGCUUCCUUGUUUCUGCAAUCGGUUUGUCCCGCAUGCUUAUUUGCUGUUGUGGCUCGAUCUAUUGUGUCUAUGUAUCCAAUUUGUCUUCACCCAGGAGCCCUGGCAUUCGCGCAUUGGUACCAGUAUCGGGCUACGUCCAAUCACGUUACCAAUAGACUUUGGGUCUCUGCACGACGAAAACAAAAGUCAGAGCGGUGGCCGUGCGAUGAACUGAUCUUGUAGAUAAAGAGAUGGGUCAAAGAACAUGUUUCAGCAGCCGUGGAGAUAUAAGAUGAAGAUAUAAUUACGGUACCUUUCCCAGGACGAUGAUAUCAAGCGGUGGACUGCGCGACUACACAUACCGAAACGCAACGGUUGGGGAAAUGGCGUAUCUUAGUCAAUACCUACAUGUCGGUAGUCUAGUAGGAACUACAAUGAUGAGUGAGAGAACUUAAGAGCCCGUAUAUGAGCUAGUCUCAACACUAGUUAGAAAUCCGGACACACGUAAUACUAGUUUAGUGGGUGUAUAAUCAUAAAACUACUGGAGACAAGGCAAGCGUAUUUAGGUAUUUUGCGCUUCGAUAGGUACCAUGAACGACGACACAGUGCGCUAG